CCCGCUCUGUGAACAUGAACUUUAUGCCUUUGUCUAUUCCUCGGACCUCACGUAAUAUCAGCAGCUCUCUCAGCAGGGGCAUAGAAAUUACUUCGCCAAUAGCGUAUUUUCCUGGAGUAUAGAUUAUACAAUAGUUUAGCUUUUUGAUAUGGAACGCGUUUCGUCUAGGCUCCAUCCCCUUGUGCUCCUGCAUGCUUCGCGGUCAGAAAUGGCUUCACCACAGUCACCGUCUCUACCAGCCCCUGUCUAGAGCAACCCAACGGUUGCAGAAAGAGAGAUAGAGAAAGAUAAAGCAGCGGACUGUAAAUUACGCGGUGUUUACCUAAUUGUUAAAUUCAGCUUUUUGCUCUUCCAUCAAUUGGCAGAUUUGGGGACGUUUGCUACGCCCGGUGUAGCGGUGUAGAGGUCUAUUCGUCAGCAUACCUUUCCGAUGGGCCAGCGAGUUUGCGUCACCGUCACUAUAGACAACCGGGAGAACUCAGACGCGGACAACGAAAUGAGGACCGAUACAGAAUGAAGGGGAUAUGUACAGUAUCGGUGAAGAAACCCGUGCUUAUUGCAAUGCUGCCUGAAGAAUGGGAGCGGGUUCCUCCAGCGCGAUUAAGUUCCUUUCGGACGGUUUGCAACUCCAGCGCGCGAUUAUUGGAGGACGGCCCCACGUGACUUCACGGUUUACCCCUCUGGUAAUAUUAUUCAAUACAGUCUUAAAGCUUAUUUAAAGUCUUCUGCAUAAAGCUUUUACAUUUACGUUCGUUGUAAAAGCUAUAUAUUUAACAUGCAAAAGUGCACACCUUCCCAGAGUUAUAUUUAUCAGAGUGAAUUUGAUGAAGUGCACCCUGCUAGGUCUAUGGACCAGCACCAGUCCCUUCUCCCAUGUCAUCUACAGGGCGAACCCAACACUGCAACCGAACCUGCUGGAUGCGUCACCGGACACAGUGAGGGAGGCCACGCGCCACAAUUCCGAGAGAUUCCACUCUUCCAGCGUUCAGUCACCUCUUCUGCUUGUAUCAGCUGCACGCCGUACCCGACUGACCCGUUAUGGGGCACCCCGGACCCGGUGGAUACCCGCCAUGCCAAGGGCAAAGCAGUCGUCAGAGACAAGAGGUGCAGUGCAUCCACUUACUUCCUCUCACCGAGGCAUCUCUUCCCCUGGAUGAGAGAAACUCGGCAUGACCUACACCAGAGUGCAUCGGACUCCAACGAAUUAGGUGAUUCAGUGUGCAGUCGUAACGAGGCUAGUGGUCUCCCAAGUAGAGGAAGAGACGGAGGGCGAGACGGAGGGCGAGACGGAGAGAGGCGAGCGAGGACGGCGUUCACCAGUACUCAGCUAGUGGAGCUGGAGAAGGAAUUUCACUUCAGCCCCUACCUAUGUCGACCACGCAGGCUGGAGAUGGCUGCGGGCCUGAGGCUCACAGACCGGCAGAUCAAGAUCUGGUUCCAGAACCGACGCAUGAAAUACAAGAAGGAUCAUAAGGAGGACAGAGGGACAGCGACUGAGACACCGUCGCCGUGCCUCUCUACCACCACACACAUGCCAUCCCUCAGCCCAAGGUCCUCUGUUGGAGUUGGGUACUCGGGAUUCAGAAGUGCUGGUCUGGUGAGAGGGACUCGGUCUCCAAACCUUCUCCUCGUUAAUUGUGAUCGUACCCCGGCGUCGGGUUCUCACAGUAAGGCCAACACCAGUGACUGUUUACGUGUUACUCCCAUGGACCUUCCCCAGCUCACCACCGGAACUGUGCCUGACUCUGAUAGUCUGCAGUCGGCCCUUACGGUUGUAGACAGCGGAUGUUUGUGCACGGGUCUCUCCAAACUCGCCCCAGGGCACCUAUCCUCUUAUGUUGACAGUGACAUCAGUGCAUAUUUCAGAUGUAGAGGAUGCCUCUUAGACCUAGAACCCCCUACACUUACUCACCUGUAAGAGCAGGCCUAUGCCACAAACCUAAACACCUAGACCUUCAGUAAUAUGUGAACCAGCAUUCUGGAGGCUAGCUUUCUUUCAACUUUCUGAUAGUGGCUCAUUGAAGAAUGCAGAUUUAUUACCUAUAGGGUUUCCAGUAUCCUUAUAGGUUUCUAGUCCAAAAGCGACCACUACUGCCCCCUCUGUUCCUGUUACACCUUGUGGCAAAAUGUUAUCUUUUUUGAAUCAAAAUUGACAUGAUUUACAUUAGCAAUAAAAUCCUCAAAGACAUCCUGCUACUGUUUUGCAUGUCAAAUGCAUGUUUUGAACACAUUAUCAAUCCAUUUUUGUAUUUUCAUGUGUCAUGGCUUGUGCUUGUCAUCUAUUUAAAUCAGAGAGAAAGGAAUUUUACUUUGCAGUAUAGCGUAACGUACUAGCGAUCAGUUUUGUUUUUUCAAGAGCUCCUAAUGUGUCAAAUAAUUGUGGCGGCCAUAUCUGUAAAUCAGAGAGAAAGGAAUUUGACUUGGGCUGUAGGUGUCAUGUGUUAGGCCAUGUUUUGUGUUCUUAUCAUUAAAUAGCUGUUCGUUCGUGUGAGUUUGUGUAAGUGUGAAAACACAGAAGCAUAUGUUCAUAUUGAAUGAAGUUCUAUUUUUGUUAUAUAUGUGUUUGUGUUGAAGCUAGAAUCCUUCGUUAAAACAAUAUCAACAUGUCUCCCUGUCCCUGUUUCGCUAAAAAAGCUAAGGGAUGGGGCUGGAGAAAUGUAACUACUCUCAAAUUCAUAGACAGCGCUAUGGAUGCAAGGACUGACCAUCCAUGAUUUCAAUUGUAUCGUUUUAACCGUGUUUCGAGGCUAUACAGUGUUUGUUUACAUUUACAUUGUUGACAAACAUUGGGGUAAAACAAGCUUAUGUUUGUGUUCUGAUAGGGUACGACUGUUGAACUAAGCUCAUGCGGCAUUUAUAAGUUAUAUUCUUCAAGAGUCAAUGGGUAUAUGCCAUUCAUCUAUAAAUUAAAACUGGAUGCAGAAACUAAGGAUCACAGCUUUGAAAAAAAAACGUCUUUGAUACUGUUCUUGAUUAAUGAGAUGUUUAAUAAAGGCAUUUGUGGAAAAUCAA